UGCGCUGCACGAGAGCGUUGUUGUUUGUUUUGUUCGUGUGCAGCAGUCGGAGCAGGACUCACCAUCAAGCGAUGCUGCCGCUGGAAGGCGUGCUGGAGUAUGAACCGGCCCUGCGCGUGCGCAUGAAGGCUGCGCUGCGUGAUGUGUCGGCAAAGCGGAGCGGCGUGUGGCGGCUGAAGGAGAGCGUGUCUGCGCUGUCGCAGUCGCUCACUCGCGUGGCGGGGGAUCUGGACACGGUGCUCGAACACGUUCAUGCCAUCACGGACAACAGCUUGUCUGAGACGGCGCGGACCAGCGUGGACUGGCUUGACUCGCUGGCGGGAAGCUUCAAGCACGCCAGCACCUCCCUGGCCUCCCUCGUGGCCGCGCAGCUGGACGAGGUCAUCUCCGAGAUGCAGGAAGACAUCCAGGCCAAGAAGGAUAUGCAGCAGCAGGCAGAGAGGUCCCUCUGCGCCGCCCUGGACAAGUUUGCACGCAUCCCAGAGUCAAAGGCGUCCGAGCGCGCCUGCUUCGUGGAGAACGCCAGCGUGUAUGAGGCGCGAAAGGCAUGGCACGCGCACACGCUGGCAUACUGCUCGGCGCUCAACGCCUUUGAUGUUCGCCAGCGCACGCUGGUGCACCCGGCGCUGGCGAACCUCCUGCGCAUCAUGCAGCAGCUGUCAUCCCGCAGCCUCGCCACAGACCGCUUCGACGACGCGCUGCUGGAGAUUGAGACAGACCACAAGACAAACACCGCCGCCAGCGACACCCUGCGCCAACAGCAGCAGGGCCGCUCACACCAGCUCAUGGAACAAUCGGAACCCCUCUAUUACAUCGAGAGCGACCCACACAAUCCAUUCCAAGAAGAGCUGCCGCAGAUGAAGCGGGAGGAGACAAUGCUGCCGCUGCGCCAGUAUCUCUAUCACAAAAUGCGCGGGGGAUGCAAGCAAGCGGACCAGCGCCGACGACGGCAGCGCCGCCCCACCAUGCUCUCGGGACAACAGUGGGCGCUUGUGUUCUGCUUUGUCACAGACACGCACCUCGUUGUGAAGAAUGCAGAUGAUGUGCAAGUUGCCGCAUACCCCAUCCACCGCUGCUAUUGCACCCUUGACGACGCAGACAACCGCCGCCACGUCUUUGCGAUCAAGAGCAAGCACAUGCACAAGGCUCGCGCUUUGUUCCAGGCGCCAAACUCCGAAAUCCGACAUCACUGGGUGUCCAGGCUGAAUGAGCUUGGCAAGACAGCGCCACCCCCGCCCGCAACGCCUUCUGCCAGCGAGGCAGCGACAGCUGCAUUUACGGUCCGGUACACGAACAUGAGCAGCAGCGAUCUGCGGCAUGACGCAGAUACAGACGACGACAGCGACCCAGACGAGGCGCACUGGGAUGAACACAAGGGCCUUGAACUUCGACCAUCGACCAAAUUCGCGCGAAAACCUUCACUUCAGCCACAGAGGACAGCGCCAGUCGUACCGGCAGCACUGAAAGAUGUCCGCGACACGCCAACCACAUCACAGCCUGGCGAAGACGCAGUGGGAAUGGGGCAAACCGCCAGUAAGCCACAUGACAUCGUGCAUGCACCCGCUGCUCCACCGCUGGAAGGUGGCACAGUGGGUGGUGCAACGCCAACUUGCAACACGCCACUGUUGAAAACACAACAGCACCCCGUCGACACGCCAGCACCGGCACAUGCCUCCGUCACAGCCACAGCAACAACGGCCGCUGUGCCUUCAGCCACAUCAUCAUUGUCAGCUGCAUCGAUAUCACCCUCACCCUCACCAUCAUCACUAUCGCGACAACAGUCCUCUGCACAAACAGCAGCACCAACAUCGCAAACACACCCACACAAUCGACAAUCUGCGCCUCCGCCAACCACAACCACCCGCAUCAACCCUUUCUCCUGACAGCCGCACACCCACCACAGCCGGCUCUUGCCUCCUGUGCGGCACGGCCGUCACUCACGACGCUCCUCUGCUGCCUCAAUGGUGCUGGGCUUGUGUUGUGCAUGAACGUUAUUUUACAAGAUGUGACGAAUUUGUUUGUCUGCUUCGUGUUACACAACGGAGUGCAUGUGCACGUGCUACUGCUGUUACUCUUGCUUGUCGUUAUGAAACUUGGAUCAUGCAUGAUGCCCCAACAAGUUGACUUUAUGCACACAUGAACAAGUUCUCGCAAAGAAAGCAAUCUCCUCGA